UGGUGUAUGGGUUUGGAAUGUGUCCCUGCAUAACUCACCCAUGCCGGGACAGAUAGAUUGCUGCAGGGGCAGUUGUGUCUUCAUGCUUGGUCCUCAUAAGCAAAAUGCACUAUUUAGUCAUCGAGUUUGAGUCAUGAUGAGUCUACUGUGAUUAUGUUGACUUUUCAUAUUUAAUGCACGUUUCAUCACAUUUAGUCACAAAGUUGGUCAUUAUUCCGUUUCUAUGUAUAGUUUGGCAAUUUGUUUAUUAUCUACAUGGCUCACCCAUGUCUUCCUGUUCUCCGCAGCUCUCUGGGCGGGGGCGACGGCAUGCAGGGGGUCACCAUGAUGGAGCAUACCAUCUCCACUCCCGGCAAACGCAUCCGCAAGCCGUCGCUGCUGUAUGAGGGCUUUGAAGGACCUGCCCUUCCCCAGGUUCCUCAAUCCGGGCCCCCUCAAACCCUUGUGCGGGACCCCGCUCGUCAGGGCCGCAUGACCAACCAACUGCAGUUCCUCCAGAAGGCUUUGCAGAAGACGCUGUGGAGGCAUCACUUCGCCUGGCCUUUCCAUGAGCCGGUGGACGCUUCCAAGCUCAACCUGCCUGAUUAUUUCAAAAUCAUUAAACAGCCCAUGGAUAUGGGGACUAUCAAGAGAAGACUGGAACACAAUUAUUACCGCAGUGCCAGCGAAUGCUUGCAGGAUUUCAACACCAUGUUUACCAACUGCUACAUCUACAACAAGCCAACAGAUGACAUCGUCCUGAUGGCUCAGUCUCUGGAGAAGGCUUUCCUGCAGAAGGUUGCACAGAUGCCCCAAGAGGAGGAAGAGAUUCCUGCACCUGUCCCUAGGGGCAAACAGGGCAAACCUAAAAAAGGCCACAAAUCAACAUUCUCCAAUGAAUAA